AUGACUCCUAUACAAAGCGCCACAAGUAGGAAGUCGAGAGCCCUACCCUCGCCGGCCUGGCGCCAUCUACACAGGCCACACCGGCAGGACGAGGAAGAGGCCGAAGAGAUCCCUUUAUUCCGCUUCGUCCUAGCCUACCUACCACCAUCAGGACCCCAAAACCUAGAUCGUAGAGACCUAAAACAUACCUUUGUGGACAGAUCCGUGUUCCCAUCAGCAAGCCGACACCUAAUCAGCCACCGGAGGCGAAGGGGAUCGGUGGAAUCGCCGCCGAAGGACACCACGCUCCUCCGCGCUGCGGCCGCUCGCCGCCGAGACCUCCCGCCGCUACCGCCUGCAAUUAGAAACGCCACGAACCCACGACUAAAAGAAUAA